AUGCAGUCUUCCCCAGGAAUGUUGACCAAGUUUGAAUCGAAAUCCUCCAGGGCCAAAGGAAUCGCGUUUCACCCGAAAAGACCAUGGAUCCUUGUGGCCCUUCACUCCUCCACUAUCCAGCUCUGGGAUUAUCGGAUGGGAACAUUGAUAGAUCGAUUCGAAGAGCACGAUGGCCCGGUCCGCGGCGUUGAUUUCCAUAAAACACAGCCACUCUUCGUAUCUGGCGGCGACGAUUACAAGAUCAAAGUCUGGUCGUACCAGACCCGACGAUGCCUCUUCACACUGAACGGCCAUCUCGACUAUGUCCGAACCGUCUUCUUUCAUCACGAGCUUCCAUGGAUUCUGUCUUCGUCCGAUGACCAGACAAUUCGAAUUUGGAACUGGCAGAACCGCAGCUUGAUUUGUACCAUGACCGGCCACAACCACUAUGCCAUGUGCGCCCAGUUCCACCCCAAAGAAGAUCUGGUGGUAUCAGCCUCUCUUGAUCAGUCAGUUCGUGUUUGGGAUAUUUCGGGCCUGCGAAAGAAGCACUCAGCGCCGACGUCGAUGAGCUACGAAGACCAAAUUGCGCGUGCAAAUCAAAACCAAACUGAUAUGUUUGGAAACACAGAUGCUGUUGUCAAGUUUGUUCUGGAGGGCCAUGAUCGUGGUGUCAAUUGGGUGGCUUUCCACCCCACUAUGCCGCUGAUUGUUUCGGCCGGCGAUGACCGCCUGGUGAAGCUCUGGCGCAUGAGUGAAACUAAAGCUUGGGAAGUAGACACUUGUCGUGGCCAUUUCCAGAAUGCCUCGGGCUGUCUGUUCCACCCCCACCAAGACCUGAUUCUGUCGGCAGGAGAAGACAAAACGAUUCGUGUCUGGGAUCUCAAUAAGAGGACUGCUGUGCAAUCCUUUAAGAGGGAAAAUGACCGCUUUUGGGUUAUCGCAGCUCACCCUGAAAUCAAUUUGUUCGCAGCUGGCCAUGACAAUGGUGUCAUGGUUUUCAAGUUGGAACGCGAGCGUCCUGCUUCGGCUGUCCACCAAAACACCCUGUUCUACAUCACCAAGGAGAAGCACGUCAGGUCGUACGAUUUCCAGAAAGAUGUAGAAAGCCCGACGCUCCUGUCUCUCAAGAAACUGGGAAGCCCUUGGGUCAGCCCUCGGACACUGUCUUACAACCCUGCUGAGAGAUCUAUUCUCGUCACCACUCCUAAUGAUGGUGGCUCUUACGAACUCCUGAAUCUGCCUAGAGAUGGAUCUGGUGUAAUUGAGCCUACCGAGUCCAAACGGGGAUCAGGAAACUCCGCCAUUUUCGUUGCCAGAAAUCGUUUCGCUGUCCUCAAUGUUGCAAACCAAACCAUUGAUAUCAAAGAUCUGUCAAACAACACUGCUCGUUCGUUCAAGCCUCCAACUGGAACUACUGAUAUAUACUUUGGAGGCACUGGUAACCUUCUUAUUAUUACGCCAACGACUGUGUAUCUUUACGAUAUCCAGCAGAAGAAGAGCACUGCAGAGCUUUCCAUCAAUGGUGUCAAAUACAUUGUGUGGUCGAACGAUGGCCUUUACGCCGCCUUGUUGAGCAAGCACAACGUGACCAUUGUGACAAAGUCUCUUGAGCAGAUCAGCACUUUACAUGAGACUAUCCGCAUCAAGAGCGCCACCUGGGAUGAUGCGGGCAUUCUUCUGUACUCGACCCUGAACCAUGUUAAAUAUGCUUUGCUGAACGGCGACAAUGGCAUCGUUCGGACACUUGACCAGACGGUAUACCUUGUCCGCGUCAAGGGCCGAAAUGUCUACUGCUUAGAUCGAGCAGCGAAGCCUCGUAUUCUUCGUAUCGACCCAACGGAAUAUCGCUUCAAAAUGGCAUUGGUCAAGCGAAACUAUGAAGAAAUGCUUCACAUCAUCCGUACUUCUAGUCUUGUGGGCCAGUCUAUUAUUUCAUACCUCCAGAAGAAGGGCUAUCCCGAAAUUGCGCUGCAAUUUGUUCAGGACCCAACGACUCGGUUUGACCUGGCAAUCGAAUGUGGCAAUCUAGAAGUUGCUGUGGAGAUGGCCAAGGAGCUGGACAAGCCAAAGUUCUGGACUCGACUGGGCACCGAAGCAUUGGCCCAUGGCAACCACCAGAUUGUGGAGAUGUGCUACCAGAAACUGAAGCAGUUCGAUAAGCUGUCGUUCCUCUAUCUGGCAACAGGUGAUCACUCCAAGCUUGCACGAAUGGCCAAGAUUGCGGAGCAUCGUGGAGAUUUCACCUCGCGAUUUCAGAAUGCCAUCUACCUUGGCGAUGUGGAAGACCGCAUUCAAAUGUUGAAGGAGAUCGAUUUGUACCCACUUGCGUAUACAACGGCCAAAUCCCAUGGGCUGCAGGAAGAAUGCGAAGCUAUUCUUGAGGCUUCUGGUCUCACAGAAGACCAGCUAACCAUGCCCACCAUAGGCCAACCGUUGGUACCAUCAAAACCUGUGGUGUCGACGUUCAAACGCAACUGGCCCACCAAAGCUAGCUCACAGUCUUACUUCGAAAACGCUCUUCUUGGUCAGGUAGAGGGCUUGUCACUCGAAGAUGAACCAAAUCUCGCCAACGGAGCCGACGCUGAGCAUGUUGCAAAGGAGGAACCGGCAGGCGGACUCGCUGCUAUCCCUGGAGAAGAUGACGAUGAUGCGGCAGGCUGGGAUAUGGGUGAUGACGAGGUUCCUGAAAUCGAAAACGACUUUGUGAAUGUCGAUAGCGCGGAAGCAGGUGGUGCUGGAAGCUGCGAGGCCGAUGUCUGGGCGCGAAACUCGCCUUUGGCUGUUGAUCACGUUGCUGGAGGCUCAUUUGAAACGGCCAUGCAGCUCUUGAACCGACAAGUUGGCGCAGUCGAAUUUGCUCCUCUGAAGCCUCGAUUCUUGGAAGUGUACCAGUCUUCCAAGACUUUCCUUCCGGCACUUUCCAACUUGCCUCCUCUCGUCAACUACGUUCGCCGUACCGUUGAUGAAACGGACCUUCGAAAAGUUCUGCCUAUCAUCCCACGCGAUCUGGAGCAUCUGGCCUCCAAUGAUUUGCAAAGGGGCUACGACUCAAUGAAGGCGAAUAAGUUGGAAGACGGUGCCCAGAUCUUCCAGGGUAUCCUUCAUGCCAUCCUUGUCAAUGCAGUUUCCAGCGAGAGCGAAGUGGCGGAGGCAAAGAAACUGAUUGUUUCAGCGAGAGAGUACAGCAUUGCGAUGAACAUUGAGCUUGCCAGGAGAAACCUUGGUUCACUUGAUGAGAUCGCUCAAGACCCCGCGAAACUCAAGAAGAGCUUGGAGCUAUCCGCCUAUUUCACCAUUCCCAAGAUCGAGGUGCCUCAUCGACAGAUUGCACUGCUUAGUGCCAUCAAGGUGGCGAUAAAGAGCAAGAACUAUAACUCGGCUUUGGGUUUUGCAAACCGUAUCAUUGCUAAUGGAGGUUCCAGCAAGAUCGUUGAGAAUGCCAAGAAGACGAAAGCUCAGUGUGAAAGGAAUCCAAAUGACAGCAUUGAAAUCGAAUUCGAUCAAUUUGCAGAAUUCGAAAUUUGCGCCGCCAGCCAUACUCCAAUCUAUAGCGGUGCGCCAUUCGAGGAGUGUGCGUUUGAUGGCUCGAAGUACCACUCUAGCUUCAAGGGAUCAACACCUAAUUUGGACUUGGAAUUGUAA